CUUAUUUUAAAAGUUCAUGGAACACAAUUGCGGAGGUGAAAAUAUGCUCAGUUGUUUAUCUUAAAUAUUAGAAAAGGAUUAUUAUAUAUUUAUAGCCUCGUGAGAAGUAAAAAAUUAUAAAAAUGAGUAGUGAAGAAGAUGAGCUUCUCAAGGACGAUAAACAUCGGGACAUUAGAAUGAGAACACGAGUACAAGCAUAUCGGAAACACAAACAGGAGCCGUCACUAGAGACUGAAAUUCGUGCUGAACUUUCUAACAUGAGCUUUGAGGACUUGCAUAAGUUGAAGGAAAAACUCGGCAGUAAGGUUUACAAUGAGGCAAUGUUUGGAACUCGAAAGAACAAAAAUAGUAUUUUUAAACGAGAGAACAAAAACAGACCGCGAGAAAUUUCUGCAAAAAAACAAGUGCCUAGAUUCAAGGAAGUUGUUCAUGUGAAAAAAUGUGUUGCAAGAGAUCCUAGAUUCGAUAGUUUAUGUGGAACUUUUAACGAAAAGGCUUUCAAUCAUUCGUAUAGUUUCUUGCACGAAGUAAAAAAGAAUGACUUGAAAGCUUUAAAGGAGGAGCUAAACAAUUCCCAGGAUCCUAAAACUAUUAAAAAAAUUAAAUAUCUUAUUCAAAGAUUAGAAAAUCAGUUAAGAGAAGAGAAGAAGAAGAAACUGAAGUUAGAACAGCAACAUGAAGAAAAACAAGAAAUUAUCCAAGCUAUCAAAGAAGGAGGAAAACCAAAUUUCAAAAAGAAGUCUGAGAAGAGAAUACUGCAGUUAGCAUCUCAAUUCGAGGAACUCAAGAACACUGGAAAAAUUAAAAAACAUAUAAGACGAGUACGAAAAAAGAAUUUAACUAAAGAGAGACAAAAAUUAGAACUUUCGGCUACUGAAUAAAAUGAAUUUUUUAAAUCA